GUGCAGUACUUCACAGUGCAAUCAUGAGAGGAGUCUACAUGGGGUCUGGUUUGUUUGUGUCACACAGCUACAACUAACAGAGCUUUUGUUAUGAAGAUGAGACUCCUGGGGAGGACCUGUCUCAUUGUCUUGAGUUUGCUACCAGCUGUUUCUACACAGACAGAUGGCAGCUCUGUUGUUGGCUCUGAUCAGCCCCUCAUCGCCUCUCCUGGUGAAGAUGUCAUCCUGUACUGUCACAUCACCCCCAGUCUUAGUGCUGUGGACAUGCACGUGAGGUGGUUCAGAGAAAACAUCAAGAUCCCAGUUCAUUUAUAUGAAGAUCGAAGUGAUCACAGAGAUGUUCAGCACAUUGACUAUCGGGGCCGCACUGAUCUCUCUAUAUUGGGGCUGCGGGAUGGAAUUCUCUCUCUGCAACUGAGAAACCUCCGUCUCUCUGAUAGCGGGGUCUAUUCCUGCUAUGUCACUGAUGGAGUCUGGGAUGGACAAGGAAAGGCUGAACUGAUAGUCAGAGCUCUGGGGACCCAGCCCUCAAUCUGUAUGGACUCUACACAAGGAGAGCAGAUCCGGCUGGUGUGCAGAUCAGAGGGGUGGGACCCUGAACCUGAAGUGAUCUGGAGAGACAGGGAUGGAAAUGACUUGACAUCAUUGUCCAGCACAACAGUGCAGAGUGACAGUCAGGGGCUCCUCAGUGUCAGCAGCCACAUCAAAAUCAAACAGCAGUCCAACGUGUUCUCCUGUCUGGUUAGAAGUAAAACACCAAAACCAGACUGGGAAUCCAAACUCCACAUAUCCAGUGAUUUUUUCCCAGGAGUCUCUGGAUGGAUGGUGGCUUUCUCCUUGACUUUAGCUCUCAGUAUUGGAGCCAUUCCUCUGCUGGUGAUCCAAUGGAGAAGAAUGGAUGCCAUGGAGAGACACUUUGAGCCUAUGGGUAAGUAAAGCACUUAAUGAAGAGAUGCUGAAAACCCAUUCCAGGUUUCUGCAGCAGUAUCUUAAACUACCACACCCAUAAAUAAAGACAUCCCUGGACCAGAAAUCCAGCUCAUU